AUGACGACCGCUAACAUGACCGCGCCCCAGGACCUCCGCGUCGGCAACAAAUAUCGCAUCGGCCGCAAGAUCGGCUCCGGCUCCUUCGGCGACGUCUACCUCGGCACCAACAUCAUCUCGGGCGAGGAGAUCGCCAUCAAGCUCGAGAGCGUCAAGGCGAAACACCCUCAGCUCGAGUACGAGGCCAGGGUCUACAAGUCGCUCGCCGGCGGCGUCGGCAUCCCGUUUGUGCGGUACUUUGGCGUCGAGAGCGACUACAAUGCCAUGGUCUACGACCUGCUGGGCCCCAGCCUCGAGGACCUCUUCAACUUUUGCAACCGCAAGUUCUCGCUCAAGACGGUGCUGCUGCUCGCCGACCAGCUGCUGUCGCGGAUCGAGUACGUGCACGCCAAGUCGUUCCUCCACCGCGACAUCAAGCCGGAUAACUUCCUCAUGGGCAUCGGGAAGCGCGGGAACCAGGUGAACGCUAUUGAUUUCGGCCUCGCCAAGAAGUACCGCGAUCCGAAGACGCAUUUCCAUAUCCCCUAUCGGGAGAAUAAGAACCUGACCGGCACCGCGCGCUACGCCUCCAUCAAUACACACCUCGGCGUCGGUACGUUAUAUACCACCUCGCACUCUUCCUCACCCCCACCACCAUCUCCUUCCAUUCUACCACAAGCCAGCAAGCAGCAAGCAGCCUACUCUCCCUAUAUACGCCCUCCAUCUCCCCCGAGCCGCCCAGCUAACGUCCCUCCGCGUACAGAGCAAGCCCGCCGCGAUGACAUGGAAUCCCUCGGCUACGUGCUCCUCUACUUCAGCCGCGGCUCGCUCCCCUGGCAAGGCCUCAAGGCGGCGACGAAGAAGCAGAAAUACGACCGCAUCAUGGAGAAGAAGAUGACGACGCCGACCGAGAUUCUCUGCCGCGGCCUGCCGCACGAGUUCGCCAUCUACCUCAACUACACGCGCUCGCUGCGCUUCGACGACAAGCCCGACUACAGCUACCUGCGCAAGCUGUUCCGCGACCUCUUCGUCCGUGAGGGCUUCCAGUACGACUACGUCUUCGACUGGACCGUCUACAAGUACCAGAAGAACACCCAGGCCGCCCAGGCCAUUGCCGAGGCGGCCAAGGACACCACCACCGCCACCGCCGCUGCCACCAAGCCUUGA